AUGUCCUCCCUCCAUACUCAUUCAAGCGAGUGCUUAAAAAGUGAACUUGAUCUUUUUACUUUACCUCCUACCCAGACUAGUAUUGAGAGCUCACAAUGGAUUUACUACAAACCCGUAACAACACUCGCAGACGACGCACCAAUAGAAUUCGUCAUACCCGGUCACGGCGAAGACUACCUGGAUCUCACACAGACAUUGCUGAGUCUUCGCAUUCGCGUAGAAACGGUAGACGUUACCACCGCCUCCAUCAGUACCGGCGCGUCCGUUACCCCCGCAAUAGUCGAUCUAGGACCUGUAAAUCAUCUGAUGCAUUCUAUGUUCAAUCAAAUCGACGUGUAUUUCAAUCAAAAACUCGUAUCGCCUCCAAACAACGCUUACGCGUACCGCGCGUACAUAGAGGCAUUAUUAAAUUAUGCUUCACCCGUAAAAACUUCCCAUCUCACGUCUUGUCUGUUGGACGCAGAUUCUCCUGGUUACAUGGAUCAGCUGGUAGAUUCCGUAACACCGAAUAAAGCUCUAUUGAGACGCGCACGUUACGUUAAGGGAGAGCGCGCUCUGGAUCUCAUAGGACAUCUUCACUGCGACGUUUUCAAUCAGGAUAAAUUCUUAAUUAACGGAGUGGAAGUUAGAAUGAGACUUGUACGCUCCAAAGACUCGUUUUGUCUAAUGGAAAAUAAUUCUUUGUCAAAAAUUCGUAUUCUAGACGCAAGUUUACUUGUAAGAAGAGCAAAAAUAAGCCCUGGAGUAUUACUCGCACAUGCAAGAAUGUUGAGUAAAACCACCGCAAAGUAUCCCCUCACGAGGGUCGAAGUUAAAACGAUACACUCUGGCCUCGUGGGAGAAUCAAUAGACAAUGUAAUACUUGGUCAGCUACCGAAACGAAUAAUAGUUGGCUUUGUUGAUAACAAAGCAUUUAACGGAGACAGAAAAUUAAAUCCAUUUAACUUUAAAAAUUAUGGCAUAAAUUUCCUUUCAUUGUACGUUGACGGAAUGCAGAUUCCAAGUAGACCAUUACAGCCAAAUUUUUCGAUAGAGGAACCACUCUACAUCGAAGCGUAUCACACACUCUUUUCUGGAACAGGCAUACAUUUUUUGAACGAGGGAAAUUCUAUAAGCAGAGACGAUUACUCCAACGGAUACUGUCUCUUUGCGUUUGAUCUGACUCCCGAUUUAUCAGCUAAUUGCGCUGAGCAUUGGAAUCUCGUGAAACAUGGAAGCUUGCGAUUAGAAGUGAGAUUUGAAAAGUCACUUAAUGUGACGGUUAAUUGUAUCGUGUAUGCCGAAUUCGAUAAUGUUCUGGAAAUCGACUCUUCACGUCAAGUUAUCGUCGAUUUUUCCGGAUAA